GCAUUUUCUUUUCUCAUUGUUGAUUUGCUUGUGGAAGAUCAGCUACUCUUUUGCUUGUUAUCCUUGUGUAAUUUUUUCCCUUGGUUUUCCAAUCUGAUCUAUGACUAUGACCUGUGAUGUUUUUCUCCUCUCUCUCUCUCUCUCUCCCCUCACAUUUUGCUAAUUUUUCUCCCAUUACUUUCUUGUGACAAAAGCUGUGCUCAGAUAUCUGUUAGAUCUUCAUUUGUUAUUAAAUCUCCUUCAACCUGUGAAUCUUACUCAGUUUGACAUUUCUUUUUUCUGCUUGGAAGUUGGAACUUCACAGUUUACAUGUUAUGAAUCCAUCUCUUUAUAAAUUAUAUUUGUGCUUCCCUUGAAAGGCAACAAAAAUUCUUAAUGGCAUUUUACUGUGAAAUCUGGGUGGGUUAAUGAGCUUGGUUAUCAAUAUUUUUUAAAAUAAAUUGUGGUUUUUAUUUCAAAAAGGGUAACAUGGCAAUCAUUCACUGUCAUUUUGCAACAGCUCCAUGCUGUCGCUCCAAAUUCACUUUAUGGUUUAUGCCUAUGAAACUGCUGAAGUUGUACUUUUUGAUUCUUGUUUGUAUUCUGUUACAAGUUAAGAUUCAGAUUUGACAAAAAGGUAAGUAUUCAUAUAUCAUGGUUUAGGUAGAUUGAUGGAUGAGCCCAGAAGACAUGUAGAUUCAGUUUAAGACUUGGGACUUGAGAGUAACAAAUGGAUGACAGUGAUGUUUUUUAUUAGAUUAACUUGGAGUUCACACGGAGCAUAGAAGAGAUAGCAAGACAUAGGUAGUAUGAGAUAUUUGAAGGCCCACAUUGACUAGAGAUAUGACUCAUGAAGCCUUAUUCACAUCUGAGCUAACUUUAGGGCUAUAGUUAGGUCUUGCCUAAAUUCUAACAUGGUAUCACAGUCAAUCCUAAAUCUAUUGUUGGGCCACCCAUUGAAAUUUGAAAUUGCAGAGUUGACCUGACCUGCCCGGAUAUGUUCCAUGAUGGGGAUAAGAGCAUUCCAAUGUUUUUAAUCUCCACGCUCCAUAUGUCCACUCCUAGGCUGCUAAGGUCAUUUAAAGCGUUAAGUGAUCCAAACCUCUAAGCUAGAGUUAGACCUUGCCUAAAUUCUAACAUGGCAUCAGAGCCAAUCCUAAACCUACGUCUAAUAAUGGUCAUAUUCACACCUGAGCUAGCUUAAGAGGUAUAGUUAAGCCUUGCCCAAAUUCUAACAUGGCAUCAGAGCCAAUCCUAAACUAUUGUUGGGCCACCUGUUCAAAUUUGAAAUUGAAGAAUUGACCUGACUUGCUCGGUGGUUUCGCAUAGUGGCGGAUAAGGGCAUUCCAAUGAAUAUGAUGUUUUUGAUCUCCAUGGUCAAGAUGUCCAAUCCUAGGCUUUUAAGGUAGGACAUAGAUAUUGAAUGCUUCCUGAGUUCACUCAUAAAAUGAAAUCAGGAUUUAAAAGUGGCUGGUCCUCAGUUGUGCGUCUUCGUCUCAAAGACAAAUCAGUCACCCCCUUUUGCGUAUUCUCUAAAGUGAAAUCAGCUGGUGACAAACCUGGGAAUACACCUGUCUAUCUCAAUGUAUAUGAUUUGACAACAGUAAAUGGCUAUAUGUAUUGGGCAGGCCUUGGUAUUUUCCACUCUGGGGUGGAAGUUUAUGGAGUAGAAUAUGCAUUUGGAGCCCAUGACUAUCCAACAAGUGGUGUCUUUGAGGUUGAACCUCGGCAGUGUCCUGGCUUUAAGUUUAGGAAGUCAAUAUUCAUGGGAACUACUAGCUUAGAUCCUUUCCAGAUUAGAGAGUUCAUGGAGCGCCUGUCUGCAGAUUAUUAUGGUGAUAGUUAUCACUUGAUUGUGAAGAAUUGCAAUCACUUUUGUGAUGAUAUCUGUUACAAGCUGACAGGGAAUUCGAUACCAAAAUGGGUUAAUCGUCUCGCAAGAAUGGGUUCCUAUUGCAAUUGCGUACUCCCUGAUGCCCUUAAAACUACCACUGUUCAGAAUGAUCCCGACUUUCAAGGGUGUGAUAGUGAAAAAAGGAGGCUACGAACUGCCUUCAGUUGCUUGUCAUCAAUCUCAAUGCCCCAUAAGGAAGUAUCAAUGUCUUCCUUAUUUUUGCACUCUCACUAUAAAGGUUGCCUACCGCCGUGGGAGUUGAAGAAAUCUAAAAAGGGCUCACUAAAGCAAAAAUGAGAAAAUGGGAAUACCAAUGUACUUCUCAGUAACUCUUCUCUGCUGUAGAGUAUCCAUUGUCUUUGUAGUAACUGAAUCACUGGAAAAGAAAUUGUUCUCAAUCAUCUAUGCUCCUCCAGAAGUGCAAAUCUUUCUGUCUUGAUAUUUAUUUUGAAUAUCCAAGCUCAGGGCUUUUCAUUUCAUUUCAUUUUUUCCCAUUUUUCUCUUUCUUUCUGUUUUCUAGUUGUUGCUUGUAAGCUUUGUCUGAUUGUGAAUCUAUGUUGUAUUGCUGUGUGUCAGCUCAAAUUUUCAUGGCAGGAGAAAAUCUAUCAUGUACUAAACUGCUCUCUAGACUUACCAGUUUCACCUUUCUGAUAGUAAUUUGGACAGCACAAAAUAUACAGGUAAUCUAUCUCAGAAAGAACAGCCAGGAUUUUCUCUUCCUUGUGAUUCAGGUAGGGAGGAUGUGAAACAAGCACAAAAAUGGUAAGAGACAGACAAGCAUAAAUGAGAAAGAGUGCCCUGUAGAUGUUGUUACUGUUAACCAUCAUGCUUUCUCAGAUAUAUUCCAUGGAAAAUGCACGUUUUAGGAGGAAACAGAUUAAUCUUCUGUGUAUUACUGAUGUUAAGCUCUUCAAGUUUGUGUUUAAUGAGUAAGAUUUGUUUGUUUCAA